ACAACCAGGAAUUGCAGAAACGCCAAGAACAUGAAGUGCAUAACGACAAUCUUGAUGCUGGUGGUGGCACAGGCCUACGCAGACCUCGGCGUACUUGAGUGCCCUAUCGUGGAAGACGAAAACGCCACAGUGACCCUUCUGCCCAACCCAUACAACUGCUCCACUUUCUACUACUGCGCCCAGGGACAGCCCACGCUGUUCCUGUGCCCUCUCGGCCUCGAAUUCAACGCGGAAGAGCAGGUCUGCGACUACAAGGGCCGUGCCAACUGCGUUGAAGUAGAGCAAACCGCACCUCCUACAACAGCAACAAACGGGACGCCUGCAUCUGACGAAGCGGCUCCAGCAAGCGAAGAGGGGGCAAGCGUGGUGGAAGUAACGGCUGACGUGGAGGCAAAGGACGCGCCGUUAACCAAGGUGGUGACGGAGACCGUACCGGUGACCAAGCUGGUGACCGUGGCUGUACCCGUAACCGAAGCGGUGACCAAAGUGGUACCGGUGACCGAAGCGGCAGCGGAUGCCAAGGUUGAAGUCGCAAAUGAAGACCCCGCCGCUGGACUGGGCGACACCGAUUAUCUCACGGCAUAGCUAGAACUUUCGCGUAAAACUGCACCGUCAAAAUAUGGCUCGCUCUGGAAACCCGUGAAAUGAGACGCCCCGGUGAAGAAUGGCUGGAACCGGCUGCUAAUGGUCAAAGGCAGCUUAUAACUUGUUUGUGAGAGAAUUUUCUGUACAACAGCUCACACCAAAUCAGAUGUCCAGUUCUUUUUCAUUAGGCAAUGCACAGUUGGAGCUAAAAUAUUAUACCCAACCUUGAAUAUUAAUCUUCUCGGCAAAAGUAUGUGACGAGUUCUGCUCAGUAUUGUCUCGCUUGCUGCAUUUAUUAAUUUGUACUAUAUUAGAGGUGACUCCUUAAGGCUUAAAUUUUUACAAAAU